AUGCCGUCUUCAAGCCCUGCUGCCUGCACAUCUCCUCAGCCAAACACGGAGGCCUCGAGUAAGAAGGUCCAGUGGGCUCCAGGGAGCAGGAGGCUCUCGUCCACAGACUCAGAGUCAAAGGCGCCCAGGGCUCGGAGACCCAGCCGGCUGACGGUGAAGUAUGACCGAGGGCAGCUCCAGAGCUGGCUGGAGAUGGAGCAGUGGGUGGACGCCCAAGUUCAGGAGCUCUUCCAGGAUCAACCGGCCCUUACUGAGCCUGAGAUUGACCUGGAGGUGCUAAUGGACCUACCGACAGAGGAGCAGAAGACUUGGCUACAGGAUAUUCUCCGAGACAGUCCCCGCCCCACAGAGACUUUUAUCUCUGAGCUGCUCAGCCAACUCAAGAAACUCCGGAGACUCAGUCGGCCUCAGAAAUAAACCUGUGACACACCUUCGGCAGCCUCAGGCCUCCUGUGCGCCUCUGGACCCAGGCCCAACAGGAUGGCAGUUCUUCGGGACAAAGAAUGUGGAGGAUGAAGAGGGACAUUUGACCAGCCCAGUGUAUGCGCUAGUUUCUAUCAGCUGGACUUUCUGGAACUGAUUGUGGCUAUUCCCCUAUGCUUUUCUUGACAACCAAGUGGAUAAAAACCUUUAGGAGCCUUGGCUGAAUGAAGUGUGAAGUAUAUCUAUGUUGAGGGAUAGGGGUGUGUGCAGGGGUGAUGAGUGGGGAGUGAUACUCUCAGAGGUAAGCAAGUAACUAGGCUCUAUCCACACGUCAUCCACUCAUCCUCCCACCUACCAACUCAUUCUUGCCUUUUUUUUUUAGGGGGGGUUACACCCUGCGAUGCACAGGGGUUACUCCUGGCUCUGCACUCAGGAAUAACUCCUGGAGGUGCUUGGGGGACCAUGUGGGAUGCUGGGAAUCGAACCUGGGUUGGCCACUCUGCUAUUGCUCCAGCUCCCCAACUCAUUCUUCUACCCAUUAAUCCACCCACAUACCUAUCCAUCCUUUUAUCCAUUCACUAUCCCAUAUAUCAGCUCUUCUUGUUUUGGGGCCACACCUGGUGGUGCUCAGGGAUCAUCCUAGCUCUGUAAAACCUGGGGUCACUCACGGCUGGACACAGGAGACCAUAUGGGGCACCGGGCAUCGAACCUGGUUUGGCUGCUUGCAAGGCAACUGCCCUACCCAAUAUAUUAUCACUCGGCCCCCCCAUCCAUUCAUUCAUCAUCCAUCCAUCUA